AUGGGUCGUCGUAAGAUUCAAAUUGCAGUGGUGAAAGACCCUAAUACAAGGCAAGUAACAUUUUCCAAGCGUCGAACAGGUUUGUUCAAAAAGGCGAAUGAAUUGUCCAUCUUGUGUGGAGUAGAAAUUGCUAUCGUUGUGUUCUCUAUUGGAAACAAACCUUACUCUUUUGGGCACCCAAGUGUUGAUGUUGUUGUGACUAAAUUUCUUCAACAUGCGACCAAUUCAAAUGAUGCCCUUGGAAGCAACAAUUCUUCAAAUGAAGUUGUUGGUGACAUGGAAAGGCUGAAUCAACAAUUAUCUGAUCUUCAGACCCAAAUACUCGAGGAGGAAAUUAAGGGUACAAAGCAUGAUGAGAGACUAAAACAACAUGAAGUGACACAAGUCUUUCAAUAUAAAGAAUUGCAAGGUUUGUGUUUAGAGCUCCAACGUAAGGUGAAGGACUAUGUUGAUGAAAUUGAGGUGUCGGAGUGUAUGUUGCUUCUUGCACAAGAACCUGUAGUAGGAGUAAGAAAACAACCUUGGGUUGCUCUCAUCUCUGCUAGAUAUAGUGAGAUGGGAGAGAAAGGAACAAUAACGAUAGUAGUUCAUGUUGCAAUUGUUGUAGCACAAGAUUAG